AACCAUAACUCCAUUAAAUAAGAGUUUUGUUGUAUAUGGCAGAUUCAACCCCUCUUCUGAGUUCAAAGUCAGAGGCAGAAGAAGCACAGCCAGGAAAAGAAGACGAUCCUUCUCUGGCCUCCACCAUCGAAAUUUGCAUAGGCGAAUUCAAUUGGCACCAGUUCUUGCAAUCCGUUCUUGUCUCCUUCGCUUGGAUCUUCGAUGCUCAACAAACCUUCAUCACCGUCUUCACCGACGCGCAACCACCUUGGCGCUGCACCCAACAAGGCGCCACACCAUGCACCGCAGAUAGCAACAUAUGCAGCCUUCCGAGGGAUUCGUGGGCCUGGAAUGGGCCCUCAGAAGCCUCCAUUGUUUCAGAGUGGGCCUUGGAGUGUGAGAAUUCCAUCAUAACGGGCCUCCCUGCUUCGUUUUUCUUUGUUGGGUGCUUAGUGGGUGGGCUUCUGCUGGCCACGCUUGCUGACUCAUCGCUUGGGCGCAAGAACAUGCUCCUUUACUCAUGUCUCAUGAUGUCUCUCUCUUCCUUCCUCGUCACCUUCUCUACCAAUGUUUGGAUCUACUCAGCUCUCAAGUUUCUAAUUGGAUUUAGCCGAGCCACCAUCGGAACCUCAGCUCUUGUGCUAGCUUCGGAGCUCGUUGGAAAACGCUGGCGUGGCCAGAUUAGUGCCAUUGGCUUCUUUUGUUUCACUGUAGGGUUCUUGUCCUUACCCGCCAUGGCAUACGCAAACAGGAAUUCUUCGUGGAGAAACCUCUAUCUGUGGACUUCUAUUUCAACCAUUUUCUAUUGCAUAUUGGUCAAGUUGUUAGUUAGUGAGUCCCCUAGAUGGCUUCUUGUGCGAGGAAUGAAAGAAGAAGCCGUGGCUACUUUAAAAUGCAUCACAUCAAUCACGCAAAGUAACCUGAAUUUGACCAUCAAUAGCAUGUCCCACAAGGAAGAAACUUGGAACGAGAAUUUCUUUUCGGCCCUCAAAAUUUUGAUGGAAAAGAAAUGGUCUUCAAGAAGAUUAUUAGCGAUUAUGGCCAUGGGAAUUGGCAUUGGAUUGGUCUAUUAUGGCAUGCCACUAGGCCUUGAAGUGUUAUCCUUCGACCUUUAUUUAAGUGUCACAUUCAAUGCCUUAUCUGAGGUGCCAUCAGCCUUGAUCACCUUCUUUCUUAUAGACAAGUUCAAUAGGAGAAGUGCACUCCUCUUUUUCACUAUCCUAAGUGGCAUUUUUAGUGUAAUGUCAAUCAUGGAAGGGAAGCUAUGGACCAAUUUGCAAAUUUGGUUUGAGUUAGUAUCCUUUUUCAGUGCUUGUGCUUCUUUUAACAUUUACUUAAUAUACACCACAGAGUUGUUCCCAACUUGUGUGAGGAAUUCAGCACUGUCAAUGGCAAGGUUAGCGGUGGUAUUUGGUGGCACGUUUAGUCCUUUGUUGGUGGGUGCUGGAAGAGGGAAUAAGUUCUUAUGCUAUGGGGUUUUUGGGUUGGUGAUAGGUUGUAGUGGGGUGUUUGGAAUAUUCCUGCCAGAGACAAAGGGGAGAGCACUGUGUGAUACAUUGGAUGAAGAAGAAAACAAAGAGAAAACAGCUUCUGAUAUAUUGGCUUAAUUAAAUUCACUUGUACCAUAUUAAGUUGAAAUAUUGUCAUUUAAACCCUGCGAGAAAAUUUGUUAUCUU